UUUCCUGGAAACCCACCCAGAACCUCCAGCCUCUGACACCAUGGUCAACUCCUGUUGUGGCUCCGUCUGCUCUGACCAGGGCUGUGGCGAGGAGUCCUGCUGCCGCCCCAGCUGCUGCCAGACCACCUGCUGCAGGACCACCUGCUGCCGCCCCAGCUGCUGUGUCUGCUGCACCUCUAGCUGCUGCCGCCCCACCUGCUGCCAGACCACCUGCUGCAGGACCACCUGCUGCCGUCCCAGCUGCUGUGUGUCCAGCUGCUGCCGCCCCUCCUGCUGUGGCUCCAGCUGCUGUGGCUCCAGCUGCUGCAGGCCCAGCUGCUGCAUCUCUAGCUGCUGCCGCCCCUCCUGCUGUGGCUCCAGCUGCUGUGGCUCCAGCUGCUGCAGGCCCAGCUGCUGCACCUCUAGCUGCUGCCGCCCCACCUGCUGCCAGACCACCUGCUGCAGGACCACCUGCUGCCGCCCAAGCUGCUGUGUGCCCAGCUGCUGCCGCCCCUCCUGCUGUGGCUCCAGCUGCUGCCGCCCCACCUGCUGCCAGACCACCUGCUGUAGGACCACCUGCUGCCGCCCCAGCUGCUGUGUGUCCAGCUGCUGCCGCCCCAGCUGUUGCUAGACCACCUGCUGCUCCCCAACCUGCUCUAGUGGCUUCUGCUGCUGAGGAUCCUGGCCUGCACCCCGCUGUCUUUCAUCAACCAAUCUUCCUCAGCUAGUCCCACUGAGCACGGAAUCGUGACAGGCCAACUGUCAAACCUCAGUUCCGGCCGCCCUUUCAACCUACGUGGCCUCCAAAUGUACUCCC